GCUGGUUUGCUUUUCUCUGAUCUCUAAACAAAAGAGCUUACUUUUUCUACACUCCAAUUAAUAAGAUUUAAAAUCUAAAAACAAAUUAAAUGUGAACGUUGAUUAAUUUUUCCCAAGUUUUGUCUCUUCCUUGCUACGUCUGGUAGUUGUAAACUUUGAAAGACAUGAAAUAAUUCUAGCUUUUAAAGUUCUUUAGUAAGUAUGUCUGUUUUACUUGGUGUGAUCGACCAAGCAAUCGGAAAAUCAGACACCAUAGGCUGGGAAACAAGUAAAGUUGGAGGAUUACCAGUAAGUAAGUUUUAGUUUAUUUCGUCGUUUUAGUUUUAGUUAAGACCGCGUUAGUACUUGACUGCCUUGCCGAUUGCCUUAGGCCUUAGUUAGUAAGUAAUAAGUAAGGUUAACUUAUUUACUUUUACUUAGUAAGUAAGACUUAGAGACAAUCAAAUAGAUUUAGAUAGAGAGAUUUUUUAAAUUUUAGUUUAUUAUUAGUCACUUAGCCUGGCACUUCUUAUGUCUGACUACUCAGGCCCAGAGCUCAGCCUAUUCAAAAUUAGGCCAUCUAGGGCUCAUUUAGGCCUAAUCGGCCUAAUUCUAAUCACUAAUACUAAUACUUAUAGUAAUAGUAUUAAUAGAAUUACUUAUAUUUUUAGUAUUACUCAUUAGUGACUCAUUAGUAUAGUCAUUAUUAUUAAGCCCUAUCUUUAUACUUCAUUAGGCAGAUACUUUAUCAAUCAUAUUCAUAUGUUUUUAUGAUUUUAUGAUAGUACAGUAAUAGUAUCAGUAUUGUCAAUAUCGCCAGUAGUAUAACGACACUAUCAUAUGAAAGUAUUAGUAUUAGUAUUAGUCUUCCUCUUCAUUUACAUCUUUGCCUUUUCAACAGUGGAGCAUAUAUGGCAUAUAAGGCAUAUAUUUGACAUUAUAAUAAUUCUUUUCCCAUUCCAAGCUUUCCGGGCUCUAGUUAUCCCUCUAACUCUAACUCAGUCCAGUCCUAUAAUUUCAUGAAAUUAAUAAGCUAAUUAUAGGCAGGUAAAUGAAGUGAACUUUUCUGUUUGAUGAUGUGAAUUAAAUCAUAAUAUUUAUUUUUAUCAAUGUGUUAUUAUUAAUGUUAAUCAAACAUUUUUGUUAUUAACUUUUCAGGAAUGGAUUCAGCCAGGGACAUCAACCAAAGACAUCAAGUGUAAAUCUUGUAACCAAAGCUGUUCUUUGAUAGCACAGCUUUAUUGUCCAUUGAAUGGAUCACCAUUUCACAGAUGCCUCUAUAUAUUUGUCUGCUGUGGAGACUGUAGUAAAAACCCAAGUGGGUAGGUUGUAUAUUUUAUAGGUCAAGCUAACUGAUGACAUGUGACCAAUGACAUCACUGACAACAGUUUUUGCUUUACAUCCCAAAAGAUGAAUUAUUGCACUUUCUUUAAAGUUUUAAUGAAUGGUUAUUUAAUUUUGUUAAGGUGGGUGGGGUGCGAAUUAUUUCCUGUUUUUUUUUUUUAAUUUGUAAUUAUAUUGUCUACAACUACUUUGUUUUCUGUUAAUAUAAAAGUUAUAUUACAAUGCCUAUGUUGAAAAUUGCCCCUUUUUUUCUUUUUACUAUAAAAUUUAAAAAACACAUCUAUAGAUAGUAUUUUGUGGUAAGAUAAAAAAAAUGAUUAACCUUUUGUUUAUUAACAGGUGGAGAGUGUUUAGAUCAAUGGUUUAUGACAAAAGUUAUGAUUCAAUGGUCAUCAAGAAAGAAUCAUCAGCUGGAACAGGAACACAAUUUGAUAGUUGGACUGAUGACCAGGAAAACUGGUGUGAUGACUCAGAUGACUGGGGUGUGGGAUCAGGUGACUGGGGAACUGGGUCAGAUGACUGCUGCACCAAUAAAAGUUUCGCCCCACCAGUAAAUGGUUCCACAGAGGCCAAUCUAAAUCCUAGUUAUAAGUUGACAGAUGAUUUGAGCAAGUUAGUUGUCACAGAUAUCAAUUCUAAAGUAUUGCCAAAAGAGACAAAGCACAGUUUCUCAAGCCUGAAUGCAAUAGACUCAGAAGAUACUGUCAAUAAAGUUUCCAAAGUUGAGACAGAAGCUUUUGCACUGGUAGGUAUAUUAUUGACUUAAAGUAUUACAUUCAUAAGAUAAUGGUAUUAAUUUUAAGGAUGGGAAUUUCAGAUUGUGACUAAGGAUGACAGACUGUGACUUUAAAAAAAAAAAUUCCAAUUGUGCAAUAAAAAAAAAUAUCCAGCUUAAAUUCUUUAGUGCACUUUAUAAUUGUUUGACUCUAACUCCAACUUGGGGCCUCUGAGUACAAUAUUGGAAAUGAAUCUGGCACCAUCAAAAAUGUCUGAACCUAAGCCAUGACAUCAUUAUACUAAUACAUUUAUUAAAAUUAUUCACAGUUAAAAUUUCUUGGAGAUGCCACUAAAUUAUCACUGUAGUGAAAUCCUGAAAGUAACAUUUAUCAUAGUUUUGUUGUUGUUAUUUGCGGUGAAUAAAUGAAUGUUCAAAUAUUAGAAGCAAUUUGAAUUUAUUUUGGAUUUAAUAGUGAUUCAAUUUUUUUCUUAAAUUUGUUCCCCCCUCUAGCUCAGGAUUGGAAAUGAUCCUGGGUCAGGAAACGAUGGAGAGAAAACCAGAGAUGAAGGUGAGAGUAUUUAUUUGCACUGUUGAUAAAUAAAGGCUUGAAAUGAAAACAGUUUUUUAUUUCUCUAUGGUUUAACACUUUUUUUAUCCACUUUACGCUUUUAAUAAAUGACCGUAUCUCCAAUCUGGAUUAAGUACAGCACUGUGUAAAGAAGGUUAAAAUCACAUAAUAUUAUUAAUAAUGCUGAGUAGUUUGGUGAAAGAGGAAGAUUAUUUUCAGAGUGCAUGCAUAAUAAGUGAACACAAAGGAAUGCUUUGAGUAGAAACCAUAUAGGCAUCAUUACUUAACCUACGUGAGUACUACAAUGUGGGGUGAUAAAAGUGUUGCUACUUUCAUUUAUUUUUUUGGAGACAGAGAGAGAAAAGUAAACUAUCCCUUACUAAAGGGAGGAGCAUUCAUUAAUCUUUGUAUUUAUUUAACGGAUGCUGAUUGAAACCUAUGCAAAUAAAAAAAUAUUUUAAAAACAUUGCAGGCACUAUUAAGUAAUAGAUUUGUGGUAUUUAAUAAUGACUGAAUUUGACUUGUUUUAGAAUUUUAUAAUAUAAAAGCAUCAUUACCUCAUUCUUUAGUUCAAAUGCUCUAAGAAAUUAUUAGUGUGUUGUUGAAUCCUGAAGAUGGAUUCAUAGCAUUCUGGUGAUUUCACUUCAUCAAACACCCCAUUCAUGUACGAAAGCAAAGACUAAUGGAAAUUAGGAUCUAAAUCCCAUCAGUCUGUGCCUUCUCUUAGACUUUGUUCCAUUUAAAUUGAAAUUUCUUGCAGAUUCCAUUUUCUUUUAUUAAUUCAAUGUCUUUUACUCCAGACAGAGCUGAACCAAUCUUAAACAAUGGUAAACAAUCAGAUAUAAGUGAGCCACAAGUCAUGUUAGAGGAGAUUGGUCUUCCUGACUCAGAAAGAGUUUUUGCUAUGGCUCAAAUACUCAACACUUCUCAUAAAGAGGUAUGACUGCAAUGUGUUUUGUGUGAUUUAUUUGUUAAUAAUACUAUUGUAACCUAUAAAUUAAUAAAUCAGUAAAUUUAAUACAUAUUAAAAAUAAAUAUUAUAUUUUCACUCCCCCUUUCUUUGUUGGGUCUGGUACAUUUUCAGUGCUUUCCCCAUAUUCAUUAUGUGCAUAUUAGCUAAAGGUUUUAAAAUUGUUUGUUUGUGUUCUUAUCAAGGUUCCGGAGCAGAGUCCACUAGGAGUAAUGGCCCCUGUUAUUUUCAAACCCUACUAUCUCUCUGUUGUGGAUGAGCCUGAUGACCACGAAUUCAGGAAAGACGAUCAUGUUGCAGAUCUUAUUCAGCGUUAUGAGCAGGCUGAGGGAAAACAGCUUUCCCUGCUGCUCUCUGAUGGGUUAGUUGUUGGUUGCUAUCAAAAUUAUCUGCUCUGUUAUGAUAAGAAAACAUUUUCUAAAAAAUUUUGAUUGAUUGUGCACAGCCCAGCUGAAAAAAAUUGAGACACCAACAUUAAGGAAAAGAGGGCUCACUGUUCUCUUUUCUUUCAGCCCGGGCAAGGCAAAAGUUGGUUUAGAGACGUAUGAGAAAACAGAGUUAAAACAUGGUGAUAAGAUGUUUCACAAGUUCUUGAAAAGACUGCAAAGACAUCCACAGCAAAGCAUCAGGUAAAGUAUUGUUGGCUCCAGCACACACUGCUGUUUUCAAUUAAUUUUUUAUUUCCCAAUUGAGGCUUAAAACAAAGCUUGUGGACCAGUUGCCCAACUAGUUGUUGAAACAUAACACUGUCAUUAAAUGAAAGGUGCCUUUAAUUUCAGGGUUUGAAGAGCUUUGUGUUCAAUUCAUGUUUUUGUUUCAGGUAUGACCGGGGAGGCAAGCCCCUAUUGGUCAGUGAAUUAGAUAACUCCCUGUCCAUUCCUCCCUGCCUGCACUGUGGAAGUGAGCAAAUAUUUGAGUUGCAGUUAAUGUCUCCCCUUAUUGCCUGGCUGAACCCGCUAGAUAGUGAGUAUAUGUUGUCUACUUUCACUUUGUGGUGGAAACCUUUUCAUAUUGAGCACAUGUUAUCUCCCCUUAUUGUGCAGUAGAAACCUUUUCAUAGUGAGUUUAUGUUGUUUCCCUAAUUGUGUGGUGGAAACCUUGAGGUAGUUAGUAUAUGUUAUCUCCCCUUAUUGUGUGGUGGAAACCAUGAGAUGGUAGACCUUUUUAAUAUAAGUAUAUUACAUUUCCAUUUUUUUUUUUUUGACAAGUUGAUGAGAAAUGAUCCAUUUCUCCCAAUAUUUCAAUAGUCAAAACUAGGGUAGAGUAGUGGAGAAAUAUAUAAAGACUCUUGUUUCUGUGUUAACUACUCUGAUUGUGUUUCAAGCAGAUGUUUUGCUCUAAUCAUUUGAAGUCUUCCAGUUUUCAAGAUUAAUAAGAUGAGAUUUUUCUUGGUUUCUUAAUGUUAUAACUAUACAUGUAAUUUUUCUGGUUAUAUGUUGCUUCAGUCAAAGUUUGUACUACAUGGUCCUUCUGUUGAUGUAUUCUUAUCCAGAAUGGUGGCAAACAGAAAAAUUUCUGUAAUUUAGUGUUAUUAAAAAAAAUAAUGUUCCUUUUUUUUAUGUUUUUUAAGGACUUGUUAUAACUCAUAAAAAUUAUUUUUUUAAAGUAACUGUCCUGUUAAACUAGUUGGUACUUCAGCUAUUUAAAAACUAAUUAAAAAAUUGUGUUAUUUUUUGUAAUGUAAUUUCAGGUAGCUCUAUCAGUGUUGAUUAUUUUAAAAUCUCAUUUCUUCCAGAUGGCGCUAUCAAUGUUGAUUAUGGAACAGUAGUUGUAUAUACCUGUCAAAAGAACUGCUGGCCCUCAGCUUCUGACAUUGACAGCCAACCUGGCCUUUUAGAAGAAUACAUUAUUUUGCAGGCUGACCCAGAUCACCAUUUGUAUAAAUAGUGUUAUUUUUUUCUGCGAUGACUAAAUUAAAUAAAUAAAAAGUAUUAAAAUAGUG